UUUCCGACUCACUUAUUAGCAGUUCAGAAGGUUGGGGCACCACAUUUACCGUAGUCCCUCAGUGCUGCCCUUUCUAGGGUCUCCUACAUCGCGCCUGCUCCCUCGGCUGUCUGCUUCCUGUGUUGACCAUGCCCGGGUGGAGCUGUCUGGUGACAGGAGCAGGAGGGUUUCUGGGCCAGAGGGUCAUCUGCAUGUUGAUUCAGGAGGAAGAACUGCAGGAGAUCAGAGCCCUGGACAAAGUCUUCAGACCAGAAACCAGGGAGGAAUUUGCUAAGCUGCAGACAAAAGCCAAGGUGACCGUGCUGGAGGGAGACAUUUUGGAUGCCCAGUGCCUGCGGAUUGCCUGCCAGGGCAUCUCCGUCAUCAUUCAUACCGCGGCCAUCAUUGACGUCUCGGGUGUCAUUCCCAGACAGACCAUCAUGGAUAUCAAUCUGAAAGGUACCCAGAAGCUGUUGGAGGCCUGUGUCCAGGCUAGUGUGCCAGCCUUCAUCUACACCAGCUCGGUUGAUGUUGCAGGGCCCAACUCCUACAAGGAGAUCGUCCUGAAUGGCCAUGAGCAAGAACAACGUGAAAAUAAAUGGUCUGAUCCAUACCCAUACAGCAAAAAGAUGGCUGAGAAGGCAGUGCUGGCAGCCAAUGGGCGCACACUGAAAGAUGGUGGCACUUUGCAUACUUGUUCCUUAAGGCCUAUGUACAUCUAUGGGGAGAAAAGUCCAUUUAUUUCUAUCACAAUGAUCAGGGCUCUCAAAAAUAAUGGUACUCUGGAUGUUUUGGGCAAAUUCUCCAUAGCCAACCCAGUAUACGUAGGCAAUGUGGCCUGGGCACACAUUCUGGCUGCCAGGGGCCUACGAGACCCCAAGAAGUCACCAAACAUCCGAGGACAAUUCUACUACAUCUCAGAUGACACUCCUCACCAAAGCUAUGAUGAUUUAUAUUACAAUCUGAGCAAGAAAUGGGGUUUCCACCAUGAUUCUAGCUGGAUCCCUCCCCUUUCCCUACUGUACUGGCUUAGCUUCCUGCUGGAAGCUGUGAGCUUCCUGCUGCGUCCAAUCUACAACUACCGGCCUCCCUUAAAUCGUCACAAGAUCACACUGUCAAAUAGCGUGUUCACCUUCUCCUACAAGAAAGCUCAGCGAGACCUGGGCUAUGAGCCGCCUGUCAGUUGGGAGGAAGCCAGGGAGAAAACUUCAGAGUGGAUUGGGUCACUAGUGGAGCAGCACAAGGGGACACUGAACACAAAAACUCAGUGAUGUGACAAUGGCAGGGACAUGGCCCUGGGUGCCAUCAGAAAAUAUUUGUCAGGUCCUACAGAAAGAACAAAGGCACAACACAGGUCCUAUUGCCUUCUUUGACAUAGAGACCAACAUAGUGUCUUUCUCAAGUCACCAGAAGCUCUGCUAAUCACUGGCCCAGCCACAGACUUUCUCCCUUUAGCACCUGCCCUGUGACGUGCAGCUGCUGUGCCUCAGCUGCUGUGACUAAAGGUUUUGACACUUGCAAUUUCCUGUCACCUGGAUCUCAGUAUUGGUUUCUUUCCAUUCUUAAGUCCUGUGUCACAUCCUGCCUUUGAGAAAACUCCUUGAAGCUCAACUGAA